CCCCUCCAUGCCGCUUCCCCCGACUGGCUCCAAGGGCUCGGGGAGGAGAGGAAGGAGAUGGGCGCGGUUCCGAGACUCGCAGCCUCCGCCCCUCCAGGGCCAGGCAGACGGCCAGGAUCUGGAGCAGAAUCUCUACCAUUCCGCUCGCUUGUCAGACCCCAGACCGCAGAUAUCGCCUGAGGACGUGAGCCAUUGAUGGGCUGGAAGGAGGCCAGGUCCGAGCACCUGGGGCUGUGGGUCCCUGUGCUGGCUGUCCUUUUGCUGGAAGCCUGCCAGGCACACCCUAUCCCUGACUCCAGCCCCCUCCUCCAAUUUGGAGGCCAAGUUCGACAGCGGUACCUCUACACAGAUGACACUCAGGAGACGGAGGCCCACCUAGAGAUCAGGGCUGAUGGCACGGUGGCGGGGGCUGCCCGCCGGAGCCCCGAAAGUCUCUUGGAGCUGAAAGCCCUGAAGCCAGGGGUCAUUCAGAUCUUGGGAGUGAAAACAUCCAGGUUCCUGUGCCAGGGCCCGGAUGGGACACUGUACGGAUCGUUCCACUUCGACCCCAUAGCCUGCAGCUUCCGCGAAGUGCUUCUGGAAGAUGGGUACAACAUCUACCACUCUGAGACCCUGGGCCUCCCACUGCGCCUGCCCCCCCACGACUCCCCAUACCGGGACCUGGUGCCCCGGGGACCUGCCCGCUUCCUGCCCCUGCCAGGUCUGCUUCCGGCCACCCCAGAGCCCCCCGGAAUCCCAGCCCCCGAGCCUCCUGAUGUGGGCUCCUCAGACCCCCUGAGCAUGGUGGGGCCUUCGCAGGGUCAAAGUCCCAGCUACGUUUCCUGAAGCCGCGGGCUGUUUAUUAUGGGGUCUCCUCUUUAUUUAUUGGGUUAUUUAU